AUGGUUUCUUUGGAAGAAGUCUAUCAACAAAUAAGAUGUAUAAAGAGUCGACCGAAUGAAUUAAAGUCAUUUGAGGAGAUCCAGAAAUUAAUUGAAAAAGCAAAGGUUGAUCACUCCAAAGACAGUCUUGUUGUAAGUCAAUGCUUUACUCUAAAUUUUUCCUUUCUUUUUUAGUAUCUUCUUGAAGCAUAUAACUUUAUUCGAAUUGGUUGUUUUGAAGAAGCUUUGAACAGUGUAGCUUCAUUUUUUGAUUAUUACGAAAAUUGUUUACCCAAAAAGUCAGAAAGGAGGUAUGAACGACGUUAUAGCACGUUAAAACAUGGAUUGGUGUUGGUAGCGACGUUGCACAGGUUCUUUGGCAGCUAGUAAGUGUAUUUUACUUAAAUUUUUAUUUGAUUUUAGUCUUGCUGGAUCAGCUUUGCUGACACAGGCUUCGGCGAAUGCCCACGAUAACCAUGAUGUUUCUGAAUACCGAUUUUGUAUGUUGGAGGAGAGAGCCUACAACCUGAAUGCCAUGCAGUCAUCGAUGAACACGGCUUUCAAACGGAACAACGACAGUAUACAUUAUUGUAAGCUUUUCGUACCUAAUUUGUCGUAGUUUUAAGUUUGUUUGCAACCCUCAAAAUAAAUCUGUUUUCAGUGGAUGAACUUAACAAAAGAUUCUUAACAAGGUUUCACUCUGAUCAGAUGCAUUUGCCAACGAUGGGAUUAGAGGAAGCCUUCAAGACAUUUAUAGCUGCUGGAUUUGCUCAUAAAUCACCUAGGUUCAAAGCGAUCGCUCAACAUUUUCGGAUUGGUUUAGUCUUUAUCAAUGCUUUACAUUCUGCUCGACGAUGUGAGGAUUCGGAAAAGUAAGGGUUGAAAGUUUUUAUUAUGUUUAUUUUAAAAGUUUUAGGAUAGUUUUUAGACGUUAUUUUUUAUUUUAGGUAUGAUCUUUAAAGUUUUGUAUUAUAGUGUUUUUGUUGAUCUCACCUGCAGUUUUUAAGGGUGUCUAAGUAUUUGAACGUUUGUUUGGAGAAUGAGAUUGCAAGUCAAUGGAGAGUUUACAGUAAUGAUAUUGAAGAUGGGGCCAUGGCAAUUCAAUCGACUCUUAGGUUAUCAAGUGGAUGUACAGCUUUGGAGGAAAAACUAAGGUUUACGAGAGACGAGCAUGCAUCAGAACGAGUAACUGAAGGAGAAGUAAGAGAAGUCUAUAAAGAGCAUUUUGUCAUUAGUAUUAUUACCUAACUGCGGUUUUAAUUACUGUUGUAAUUCUAGCUUAUAAUGGGUGUGAACGCGGCCUAUGCGUAUGCUUAUGAAGGGAAUUUCAAACAAGCGAUUCAGAUUUUGGAAAGGAUGAAACUCAGUUUUCCUAGUGAAUCAAAUCCCAUGGUAAGUUUUUGUGAUUAACCUUGUUUCUGUGUUAGUUUUGAUGUUAUUUAUUUUAUGUACAUUUGGUUAACUUUUAGCUGGCUAUUCACAGGCAACUGGCUGAACAGUGUAUUCUGUUUGAUAUGGAGUUUUUCAAAGGAGAGUUUGACAAUUGUGAGGAACGCCUAAGCUUGUUGUACGAGUAUUCUAAACCAGAGUACACUUUUAGGUAAGUGUUGUAAUAUUGUGCGCUGUAAUGAUAGUGCAACAUAAUAAUUGUUUAUUGUCUUUUUGCCAUUGCUGAUCUUGUUUAGAAAAUGUCUUUUGAAUUGUGCGUUCUACAAUCACGAUGAAACAGAGCUGACCAAGAUGCUAAGUCUGAUCCAUAAGAGUUCAGAUCCUCACCUUAAAAUACGGACGAGGAUUGCUCUUGGCAACCUGAAAAUAGUCAAUGGCAAUUUUGAAGAUGGCCUAGCCCAUCUGGAACGAGCUGCUGGUUCUGCUUCAAAGUUGAAUUUAACAUUUUUUGAAGCCGCUGCCAAAAGAAGGAUGGCGUACGCUUAUGUAAGUUUUGGGUAUGCACAAUUAAGCAUAAAAUAAUCAUAUGUUUUAAAAUUCAUGUACAAGUUUGUAAAUUAAAUGCAGGACAUUAUAAACCAAAAAUUUUAUCAUUUUUACUAAAUAAUGGCAGCAAUUUGUAUCAACGUCUUUCAGAUCUGCAGAAACGACUUUCAGAAGGCAGAAGCUUUGUUGAAGCCGCUUGAGAAUCAGUACGAGGAUGAAGAUGUUGUGUGUAUUGAGAAGUUUCUAUAUUACGCGACAUGGCUGGAGCUUUAUAUUCACAAAGCCCGGACUCAGGAGAUCACUCAAGAUGAAAGUAAGUGAAUUCAACUUUCAAAAUCAAUCACUAAUUAUAGUUUUUGAAGGUGAUUUUGUAUGCCAUGGCAAAGUAUUUACACAGAAAAUAAGUUGAAAUCUUUUUCAGAAAUUGAUGUCAUUUUCAACGUGAUGAAAGCAGUUAAAUCUGUUUCCCGAAAAGGAUUCACGAUCAUAGAAGCCGAGCUGUACCGGAAAGCAGCCAUUUUUAUGUCCCAGACUCUCGACGGCAAACAGCGAGCGAUUAGUUUGGCCAAUCGACGAGAAACCACCAAAAUUGAUCUUCUUAAUUGUUUCAACUACUUUGUACUAUAA